AUGAGCGUCCGCGUUUUCCUCAUUCGUCAUGGAGAAACGGAGUGGUCGGCAGCGCAAAAACAUACUGGCAGCACUGAUCUGCCAUUAACGGAAAAAGGAGAAAACGAGAUCAAGAAAGCUAGAGCUUCGUUUGUCGGGACUGUCAAAUUAAUUGAUCCAGCAAGUAUUCGACGAGUUUACUGCUCUCCGCGAACACGUGCCCUCCAAACAGCAGAAAUUCUGUUUCCCAAUAUCACAAGUAAAUCUCAGCAGAGUAAUGGGCCCAAACUUGAAGUUGCGCCAUGUCUUCAAGAAUGGGAUUAUGGCGACUACGAAGGCCUGACUAGGGAUCAAGUUUUCCAAGCACGAUCCGACCAGGGCGUUGAGAAUUAUCGGGAUUGGAACAUUUGGAGGGAUGGCUGCGCAGGUGGAGAGUCCCCGGUUGAUGUUUCGUUACGCCUUGGGAAUUUUAUUUCACGCUUGAAAAAUGAAAUAGAGAAAGAAAUAAAGGAGAAUCCGAAUCAAAACAGGCCCGGGGAUAUUGUCUGCGUUGCACAUGGGCACAUCCUGUCGUCAUUAGCCAUGGUAUGGGCAAAAAUUCCUCUGGGCAAUGGGGUAAGACUGCUCUUGGAGACGGCUGGCGUGGCAACUUUAGGGUUUGAGCACGAUGAUGUUAAUGAACCUGCAAUUUUUAUUGGUGUCCGCCCCAGAUCGUAA